CGGCGCGCCGUACCCCCCUCCGGCGCUGGCGCAAUGGUGCGGGCCGGCCGGGGAGGUGUGGGCUCGGGGUUUGAACGCGCCAACUUCUCCAGCGGUCGGGGGCGAGCGCCGGGGCGGCGGCGAGGGCGAGUGAUGCGCAGAGCUGAAACCAUGGUUCAUCAGGUGCUCUACCGGGCGCUGGUCUCCACCAAGUGGCUGGCGGAGUCGGUUCGGGCUGGCAAGCUGGGGCCAGGCCUGCGGGUGCUGGACGCGUCCUGGUACUCGCCGGGCACCCGCGAGGCCCGCAAGGAGUACCUAGAGCGGCAUGUGCCCGGAGCCUCCUUCUUUGACAUAGAGGAGUGCCGCAACACGGCGUCGCCCUACGAGAUGAUGCUGCCCAGCGAGGCCCACUUCGCCGACUACGUGGGCCGCCUGGGCAUCAGCAACCAGACGCACGUGGUGGUGUACGACGGGGACAACCUGGGCUGCUUCUAUGCGCCCCGGGUCUGGUGGAUGUUCCGUGUGUUUGGCCACCGCACCGUGUCAGUGCUCAAUGGCGGCUUCCGGAACUGGCUGAAGGAGGGCCACCCGGUGACGUCUGAGCCCUCACGCCCAGAGCCGGCCGUCUUCAAAGCCACACUGGACCGCUCCCUGCUCAAGACCUACGAGCAGGUGCUGGAGAACCUCGAGUCUAAGAGGUUCCAGCUGGUGGAUUCACGGUCCCAAGGACGGUACCUGGGCACUGAGCCAGAGCCAGAUGCAGUAGGACUGGACCCGGGCCACAUCCGAGGCUCAGUCAACAUGCCGUUCAUGGACUUCUUGACCGCGGACGGCUUCGAGAAGAGCCCAGAGGAGCUGCGUGCUAUGUUCGAGGCCAAGAAGGUGAACCUAGCGCAGCCCCUCAUUGCCACGUGCCGGAAGGGAGUCACCGCCUGCCACAUCGCCCUGGCCGCCUACGUCUGCGGCAAGCCGGAUGUGGCCGUCUAUGAUGGCUCCUGGUCUGAGUGGUUCCGCCGGGCACCCCCGGAGACCCGUGUGUCCCAGUGGAGGCGCGAGAAGGCCUGAGUGGCGGGCCUCCUCACUGGCUGGCAGCUCCCAUCUGUUUAGCGACCGCAGCCUGACAUGCAGCGUGUACCUCUUCAGCAAAGGAGACUGACCAGGUUUUAGAAUUCCUACGCAGAGCUCUCCUUUCCCUCGAAACACUGGAAUAAAUUGCC